CUGGCGAGCGCUCCCUCCUCCGCCACGCGCUUUCCUCCCCGUAGCUCCCUUGGUACUGAGACCGAAGCCGCUUCUCCGCGCAGAGCUGAGCCGAGCCAGGGCGAGCCCGGAACGCGGUGGCUGCGGCAGUUGUUGACAUCCACAGCUUCGGUUGGAUCAGCAGGAGCCUUCUAGGGAGAUGCUUAGAAGUACCUGAGACCAAUUAAAGAUGUGCAGGUCAGGAGCAGGGAGUGAGGGCAACAUUGGCACAUAGAGCUGUUGGAGACGCGGGUAUCUCCCCAGCCCUUCCCUCCAAGUUGAAAUAAGCACCAGACUUAAGACACCUCUCUUUUCCCUCAACCUACUUGCCCUUGGUCCCCAAGGGCCAAGUUGUGGUGCAAGUGGAGACUGACAGAUGCGCCUGGGGUACCAGGCCCCCUGCUUUUCUUCCUGAAACUCCAUCUGUUGAACAGUGGAAGAAGCAGACGCCUGACUGAGAGAGGAUGCCCACCAAGGGGAAAUACUUCCUCAAUGAGGAUGAAGAGUGGAAGAGCAAAGAUUCCCGCUAUGAACAGUUCCACCGCAUGAGCCAACACUACCCUCUCCUGAUUAUCUUCCUCUCUAUUUCCAUCAUUUUUUCAGUCAUACUCCUUGUCCUUGCCUUCAUCCAUGGGAACCACUUAGAACACCAACACUUCCUGGUGACUGCGUUCAUGACUCUUACCCUGUUUGCAAUCAUUUAUGGACUGGUGUAUAUCGAGUGCCUCUUCCAGAAAUGGCUCAAAUUCUUUGCCGUGGUCAUCUGGAUUUGCUUCUUGACCCUGGGUUUCGUCCUAAUUUUCGACUCAAGUAAUGAGGUGACCGAUGUGUGGGAGCAGGUCCCCUUCUUUCUAUUCAUCAUCUUCACUGUGUAUACCAUGCUGCCUUUUGAGAUGAAGGAGGCCUUUGUGGUGAAUGCCUUCUCUACACUUUCUCAUCUGUUGGUAAUAGGUGUCCGGGCUCAUGUCUUCAAAGCAGAGCUCCACUCUCCAGUGGUGCUCCAGUUGCUGGCCAACACCACCAUCUUCCUCUGUGGGAACUUGAUGGGUGCCUUUCACAAGUCCCAGAUGCAAGAUGCAUCCAAGGACCUCUAUAUCUACACCCUUAAGUACAUCCAGAUCCGAAGGAAGCUGAAGAUCAAGAAACGUCAGCAGGAGAACCUGCUGCUUUCAGUAUUACCAGCUCAUAUCUCCAUGGGGAUGAAGUUGGCCAUCAUUGAGCGGCUCAAGGAGAACAAUGACAGACGAAGCAUGCCUGACAACAACUUCCACAGUCUCUAUGUCAAGCGGCACCAGAAUGUGAGCAUCCUGUAUGCGGACAUCGUGGGCUUUACCCGUCUGGCCAGUGACUGUUCCCCAAAGGAGCUUGUGGUGAUGCUGAAUGAGCUCUUUGGAAAGUUUGACCAGAUAGCCAAGGAAAAUGAGUGUAUGAGGAUCAAGAUUUUGGGGGACUGCUAUUACUGUGUUUCUGGCUUGCCAGUGUCCUUGCCAACUCAUGCCAGGAACUGUGUGAAGAUGGGACUCGAUAUGUGUGAAGCCAUCAAGCAAGUGAGGGAAGCCACAGGUGUAGACAUCAACAUGAGAGUGGGCAUCCACUCUGGAAAUGUGCUCUGUGGGGUCAUCGGCCUUCGAAAAUGGCAAUAUGAUGUGUGGUCCCAUGAUGUCUCCUUGGCCAACCGGAUGGAAUCAGCUGGGGUCCCUGGCCGGGUACACAUCACUGAAGCCACAUUGAACCAUCUGGACAAAGCAUACGAAGUAGAGGAGGGGAAUGGACAGCAGAGAGACCCCUACUUGAAGGAGAUGAACAUUCAGACCUACCUGGUCAUAGAUCCCCGGUCCCGGCAACAGCAACCUCCCAGCCAGCACCUCUCAAAGCCAAGAGCCAAUGAUGCCCUGAAGAUGAGGGCCUCUGUCCGAAUGACCCGAUACUUGGAGUCUUGGGGAGCAGCCCGGCCCUUCGCAUCUCUGAAUCACAGGGAGAGUCUAAGUACUGAGAUCCUCAUCCCCAGAGGGAGGCGACAAAAGGCAAUCCCCUUACGGCGUCACAGGGAUGCGGACAGAACUGCAUCUCCAAAGGGGAAGGCUGAGGAGGAUACCUAUGAUGAAGAGCUGAUGCUGGCCAUUGAAGGGCUCAGCUUGGCCAGACCUUGCUGCUGCGGUAAUUCUGAGGACUUCUACACCAUUGGGACGUUCUUUGUGGAGAAGGACUUUGAGAAGGAGUACCGAACCAUGCCCAUCCCCAGGGUCCGUAAUUACUUUGCUUGUGCUGGUCUUGUCUUCUUUUGUCUCUUGCUGAUCCAAACCUUGGUGAUGCCCAGGACCGCAAAUAUGGGAAUCUCCUUUGGGAUUGUGGCCUGUGUGAUACUGCUGGCCUUGGGGGCAUGUUUUGCUGAUGAUUUCCUGAGGCGCUGCCCAGAGCAGUCGUGCCUGCGUGUCCUCAGGACCAUCUCUGAGAAGGUGGAGACAGAACCGCUGUUGAGACUGUCCUUGGCUGUCCUGACCAUUGGUGGCUUGCUGACAGUGGCCAUUGUGAAUCUGUUAGUGACAGAUCCCAAGAAAUCUUGUGGGAACUCCACAGAGCUGAAUCAUGGGAACAGUUCCACGAUCCAGUGUCCUGAAGUUCCGUACUAUGCCUACAGCUGUAUCCUGGCCUUCAUCGCCUGUUCCAUGUUCCUACGGAUGAGUCUGGAGCUGAAGGUGUUGAUGCUGACAGCCUCUGUCGUUGUCUACCUCAUCCUCUUCAACACAGGCCCGAUUCUGGAUUGCCGCAGACCCCUGGACAUAGCCGGGGCCAGGCUCAGCAACGUCACUCUGUGCAGCAGUAGCCCAACUUCACGAUUCAUGAAAGAUAUGAAAAUAAUGAUCAAUUUCUACCUGAUCCUGUUUUAUUUUACCCUGAUCCUGCUGUCAAAACAGAUAGACUAUUACUGCCGCCUGGACUACCUGUGGAAGAACAAGUUUAAGAAAGAACAGGAAGAAUUUGAGACCAUGAAGAAUGUGAACCAUCUGCUGUUGGAGAAUGUCCUCCCUACCCACGUGGCUGAGCACUUCAUUGGCGACAAGCUCACCGAGGACUGGUACCAUCAAUCUUAUGACUGUGUUUGCGUCAUGUUUGCAUCUGUGCCUGAUUUCAAAGUAUUCUACACCGAGUGUGACGUCAAUAAAGAAGGACUGGAGUGCUUGAGGCUCCUAAAUGAGAUUAUUGCUGACUUUGAUGAGCUACUGCUAAAGCCAAAAUUCAGUGGGGUGGAGAAGAUCAAGACUAUUGGGAGCACCUACAUGGCAGCAGCUGGGCUCAGCCUCACCCCGGGGCAGGAGAAUAACCAGGAUCAGGAGCGCCAGCAUGCCCACAUAGGCAUCAUGGUGGAGUACAGCAUUGCUCUGAUGAACAAGCUGGAUGGAAUCAACAGACACUCUUUCAAUACCUUUCGCCUCCGGGUUGGUAUCAACCAUGGGCCUGUCAUAGCUGGGGUGAUUGGCGCACGCAAACCUCAGUAUGACAUCUGGGGAAACACAGUAAAUGUGGCCAGCCGAAUGGAGAGCACUGGAGAACUUGGGAAAAUCCAGGUUACCGAGGAGACCUGUACCAUCCUCCAGAAGCUGGGCUAUUCUUGCGAAUGCCGGGGACUGAUUAAUGUCAAAGGCAAAGGAGAGCUAAGAACUUAUUUUGUCUGUCCUGAUACCACGAAGUUCCAAGGCAUGGGGCUAAACUGAGGAAUUGCACCGGACUGUUAAGUUUAAUUACUUGGGCCUCCUUGUGCAAGUAAAGGAGAGGAUCAGCACUUGAAACUUUCUUGACAGGAGGAAUAAGCUAUACCAUCUCCUUGGCUUGAAAUGGCUUUAAAGAAUCUCCCAUCUCUUGGACAUGAGACUGCUUCUGGCCUAGAUCAGCUAAGGACUGAGACUUUUAGAAAGAACUCCUGAAGAGUCAGGCAUGACGUUGCCAAUAGCAUGGGAGUUACCAGGCUUCUGACAUGGUCUUGCUGCAGAUCUUGUAGAGCUGUUCCGGGGACAGAAAGCAGGAGUUUAGAUUAUAACAGUAUGGGGAAGCUGUUACACCACAGAGCGCCAUCUGGCGGCUUCCUAGCAACAAAAAGACACUCUUGAUAGAAACUAUUUGACAUAUAGUCAGUUCUUGUAUCUAAUGUUGCUUUAAAAGGAAUUUUCUGUUGGGCUUUGGAUUGGGUCCUUGACUCCACUCUGGUGACUAUCUACAGGAAGAAUCACUUCUGCAAAAGGGCUGUGGCAGUGAACACCAGUUGAUUUUCUUAGUAAGUUAACAAACAACAGGGCCAGGCCUGGAUGGUGGUUUGAGAACCCUAUUAUAGUUCUUUACAUCCUAGAUAAAACCUUUGUUCAGUGAGGGGGAAAAACCCCAAAACCCUAAGGCAGUUUUUCCAUUUCUAGGAGAUUCCAAACAAUGGAGUGUAAAUGUUUAAAAGAAAACAUUACUAUAGAUAAUUACUAACUGUUCCUACUUGCUGUUCUUCUGUUUCCCAUUGUUCCCAUGGGUUUGUUUUAAAUGGAUACAUUAUUAAUGGGACUUUUAAAAAGAACUUAGUGCUGGAAAAAUUAACCUUUAGUCUGUCAUCUGUCUUUUGAAACUGACUUAAAAGCCCAACAAGUCAAUGCUGCGA